CGUGUUGCCUCCAUCGUCGCUGUGGCAUGGCAGCACCGACAUGCCCUGGCCGUGGUGGCUUGAUGGACCUUCUCAAUACCAUGGCCGCGCGAAGGGUGGCCGGCCCUGGUGGUUGCAGUCCGGAAGACGUAGCAGUUCCUGAUGAUGUCAUCAUUCAAGGCCAUGGUCCCUUUGAACCCACGGUGCUUGGUGAAGAUGGUGCACCCAUGCAGAUCGACCUUCCUGUCCAUGACCUUGUUGAAGCUCCGUAUCAUGCUGAUUCUUAUGAGGGAUUGAAUACACCUAAAAAGGAUCCAAUCAGCUCAACAUCGUCGUCAUGGUUUGUACCUUAUUGCAAGGAUGAGAGGCUGAAACCAGCUGUUGGAAUGUUAUUUGAUACUCUUGAUGAAGUGGAAGAAUUCUACAAGACAUAUGCACAUGAAAGUGGGUUUUCGGUUCGUGUAGGAGCUCAAACCAAGAAGAGUGAUGUGGUUGAAAAUAAGAGAUUUGUGUGUUCGAGGGAAGGUUUCUCAAAGAGACGUGCUGAGCCGAACAAGCAAAAGAAGCACUCAGAGUCAAGAUGUGGAUGCAAUGCACGUAUAUAUGUGAAGCUGAAUCAGGAGAAUAGGUACUAUAUUGCUUCUUUUGUUGAGGAGCAUAACCAUGGUCUAGUUUCACCUGAUAAAAUUCCUUUUCUUCGAUCCAAUCGUACAAUCAGUUAAAGAGUCAAAACGACCUUGUUCACAUGUCACAAAGCAAGUAUUGGUACCUCGCAAGCAUAUAGACUUUUACAAGUCAGUGAUGGUUUUGAUAAUAUUGGUUGCAUGAAGCGUGACUUGCAGAAUUACUACCGGGGACUUAGGGAGAAAAUAAAGAAUGCGGAUGCUGAAAUAUUUGUGGCACAAAUGGAGAGGAAGAAAGAGGCAAAUUCUACCUUCUUCUAUGAUUUUGUUGUGGAUAAGCAUGGAAAGUUACUCUACAUAUUCUGGGCUGAUGCUACAAGUAGAAAGAAUUAUAGUCAUUUUGGUGAUUUAGUGUCAGUCGAUGCAACAUAUAGUACAAACGAAUACAAUAUGAAAUUUGUACCUUUUACCGGUGUGAACCAUCAUAUGGAAAGUGUUUGCUUUGGAGCUGCUUUCAUAGUAAAUGAGAAAAUUGAGUCAUAUGAGUGGUUGUUUCGUACAUUCCUAUUGGCAAUGGGAGGAAAAGCACCAAGGCUUAU